AUGGAUCAAAAACUCUUCGCAGUAUUCCCCAUAUCCCUCCUAAAAACAAUACACCUCAUCGGUUCUCUCUCCUGGCUGCAACUCCUCUACGCAGCCUCCUACCUCGCACGACUAUUCUGGACACAGCGUGAAUCUUCGCCCUUCAAGAAAGCCAUCGAUCGUACGGAAACGAGCAUUAUCAAUGCCAUCCUCGGCACUGUCCCACUCUCAGCCUAUAGUUCUGCAACGGCAACAGAGCGUCAGUGGUACCUUUCAUCAGGCAAUGACGCUUUGAAUUACGAGAACAACAUCCGCACCACCUCCCAGCCCACCUCCAACUUGCUAGCCACCUCACCCUGGCCAGAAGAAGGACACCAAGACUCAGACUCCUCAUCAGAUCACGAAACUCCCACCCCACGGCCGGGCACCGAACAUACCCGAGAAAACUCCCCCAUCUACGAAACCGUGCGCAAGCUCCGAUCUAACACACGAGGCAGCAUUUCAAAGAUCGCCAACUCAGCAAGAUCCAUCUUCCGACAGCCCCUGACCGUUUCCCCACGGGAUAUGGACGGUUUUCCCUCAGACGAGGAACGGACCGAGCCACACCUGGUUCCAGUCCCAGUGCACGCUUCGCAGCCCCAGCUCGUCCAGAAUGUCUCUUUCCCCGUCCCCAUGUCUGCAUCUGCGCGUGUCACAGACCACUUCAGUGACCCUGGUCCGGUGACCGCAAUCAAGGCGCAGCAGCCAGUCUCAUUUGGGGCGGCCAUUGAUGGGGGGAUUGAUUCCGAGACGGUGCAGAUGUAUCGCUCGAGCAAAUACUACUCUGUCGAGAGUUAUCCCGGGAAGUUCCCUGUUAGUGAUGCGUUGGAUUAUAGCUCGCUUGCUACCGCUUAUGCUGUUAGAGGGAAGGGGACUACCUCUGUUCGACCUUUUUCGGACUACUAG